CUUUCAACUUUUCCAUUGUCCCUCGUUCUUCCGUUGCCAUUCGCGCAAAGCAUUCGUCCGCCUCUCUCCUUGACAGUACUUUACUAUUGGUCAUUGCGGAUUUGCUCUACUUAAUUCGAGCUGCUAUUUAUAUUUCUACCUACCUUUUACUGUGAUUCUUCCGCGCGACCUAGGUAGCUUGAAGAAAUAAUCACAUCAUUUUGUCCAGUGCUGCAACCUAGAUCAAUUUUUAAGAGAACCUUCAACCUUCGCAUCGUCCCAGAAACGAACAGCAUUAUAUCUAGUAGAGCAACUACAGCGUUGCACGGAAACUGCGAUUCAGAUCACCCUUUUUCUUCGGUUGCGAUCAGCCUCGGCUGUCCGACAUCUUCUAUUACAGCCCUCCGACCGCGAAGAUUGACCAACUGUGCGCGAUCAUCCUACACCAUGGCUUCAGAAGAUACAGGAGAUGUUAUUCCUCAACAGGGCGAUGUUCCUGAAUGGAGCGCAGAUGUUUGGAAUGGUGCCGACAAUCAGACCUCAGCCGACGAUGAAGAUGGAGGCGAAUAUGAUCCAGAGUCUGUUACCAUUACAUCUGUGCCGGCGCCUCCGCCUCAAGUAGAACGACCUAUCUCCCAGUCUCCUCGCCCGACUAAGAAACCGAAGACAGCCGGAGGAUUCGUCGUUGACGACUCUUCUGAUGAAGAAGACGACGUUCCGGCUUCGGCUCCAGCUUCAGCUCCAGCAUAUUUACCUACCAAUCUCAAACCUGCUCCUUCAGAUAUGCAAGUUCAGAUUUCUAGUCAUCCACCACCCCAGCAAAUUACGGCGUCUCAAGAUGUCACAAACGAUGCACCCGUCCAGCCGAGCAACAUCGAGCCUAUUCCCGUGACAGCCGCCCCUGCCGCCGCAGCUACGGCCACAACACGCUCAAGACUUCCCGCCGAUAUUAUCGGUAUUCUCGAGGACCGCGUUAAAGAAGAUCCUCGUGGAGAUAUGGAGGCUUGGUUGGCUUUGAUCGACGAGCAGAAGAGACGCAGCAAGCUUCAAGAUGCACGAGCUGCUUAUGAACGCUUUUUGGAAGUGUUUCCCCAAGCUGCUGAAGUUUGGGUCGCAUACCUCGAUAUGGAGUUAAGUUACGACAAUACUGCCGAAGCCGAAUCGAUCUUCAACAGGACUCUCCUGGCGAUACCCAAUGUUCAACUCUGGACGUGGUACCUCAACUACAUCCGUCGUCGAAAUGACCUCAGCGACCCAACCGGAAAAGCACGACAGAUAGUAAACCAGGCUUACGAGUUCGUUCUCAACACAAUCGGGCAAGAUCGAGACGCUAGCAGCAUAUGGCAAGACUACAUACAAUUCAUUAAGACAGGUCCUGGCCAGAUUGGGGGCACGGGCUGGCAAGACCAGCAGAAGAUGGAUGUUUUGCGCAAAGCUUAUCAACGCGCCAUUGCUAUUCCCAUGGCGAACGUCAACGUUUUGUGGAAAGAGUAUGAUCAGUUUGAGAUGGGGUUGAACAAGAUGACGGGCCGCAAAUUCCUACAAGAACGAUCGCCUUCAUACAUGACUGCAAGGAGCGCAAAUACCCAUUUAGAGAACAUCACGCGUGGCCUCAAGAGGACAACAUUGCCCCGCCUACCUCCGGCUCCUGGUUUCGAGGGUGAACACGAGUAUCUUGAGCAGGUUCGAUUGUGGAAAGCCUGGAUUUCCUGGGAGAGAAGUGACCCACUCGUUUUACAGCCCGACGAUGCGGAUACUUACCGUCAACGAGUUCUCUACGUGUACAAACAAGCAUUGAUGGCACUACGCUUUUGGCCAGAAUUGUGGGUUGAAGCAGCUGAAUGGUGUUUCGACAAUAAUAUCAACAAAGAUGGCCAAGAUACGGGUGUUCAAUUCCUUGUUGACGGCCUCGAGGCUAACCCCGAGAGUUUUCUAUUGGCCCUUAAGCAUGCCGACCGUAUUGAAUCUACUCAAGCCGCACGCGAGGAUGAUGACAACAAAGCAGCUCUCGUGCAAGCGAUUCGGGCACCUUGCGAUAAGGUUCUGAAGACGCUGUAUGACAUGACGAAUAAGAUCAAAGACCAACAAUCGGCAGCUGUUGCAAAGAUCAAAGAAGAAGUUGUUCCCAACGCCGCUACUAGGGGCGAGGAUGUAGACGAUGAAGAUGAAGGGGAAAUCAACGAGAAGCCCUCUACAGAAGCUUUGAAAGACGCUAGAAUUAAAGCCGUACAGGAUGGUUUUGCUGUCCAGAUGCAGAUGCUCUCGCAGCAUAUUUCCUACGUCUGGAUCGCCCUUGCGCGAAUUUACCGAAGAUUGCAGGGACAAGGUCAUGGUAGGGGUAGCCCGACAGUCGGUCUCCGCGGUUUGCUCAUGGAAGCUCGACAAAGAGGUCGUCUAAACAGCGAUGUCUACGUUGAAGUAGCAAAUAUGGAGUGGGAUAUUUAUCAAGAUCCGUUUGCCACGAAAAUCUUUGAGCGCGGUGCGAAACUCUUUCCGGAGCAAGGCGAUUACGUCGUUGAAUAUUUGAAGCAUUAUCACGCCAAACGUGAUUUCACCAAUGCUCGACUCGUCUUCUCACAAACCGUCAAGCGUUUCAAAGAGAAACCCGAGCUUAUUCCGAAAUUGAAGCCAAUUUUUGCUUACUUCCACGGUCAUGAAUCACGAUAUGGCGAACUAGCACAGGUAAAGGAGCUCGAAAAGCAGAUGGCCGAGCUUUUCCCCAACGAUCCUAGUCUUUCGCAUUUCGCAGCUAGGUUUGCAACUUCUAGAUUCGAUCCCGUUCUGACCCGAGUGAUCGUUUCGCCUGCGAGGCAGAUGCGUCCCAAAGUUGUCAUGCAAUCCGUUGAACACCCGUCAAUUUCCGCCCGCAGUACUCCUCGCCCCAUGCCACAAUUAGAACGAAGUCCUCAGCCACAAUUUUUACCGGCUAUCAAUUCACCUAAACGCCCGUUUCAGUCUGACGACCAGGACGAGUACCCGCCGCGUAAAUUUGUCCGUGGUGAUUCACCUCUCAAAGGAGCAGCCGGUCGGCGAUUACGCGCGCAGCAGGGACAGGGCACCACCUCCCAUAUCAGCGUCUCCACACCCAUACCAAGAGACCUUACAUUCCUCUUAGGCUUGAUCCCACCGGCAGAAGCUUUCCACGGUAAUUAUUUUAAUGCAGAUAGCGUGGUACGCUUAGUUCAAAAUACUCAUGUGCCGAGUUUUGGUGAAUGGAAGGCCCAAAAGGAUGGAGGUUCGCGCAGCAACUUAACUUCUGCGCAUACCCGACAAGCUUCGUCCGAAUAUCCAUCGCAUCCCUACUCAAGCCGAGACUCGCCGGGCCCAUCUGGUCGACCAGGUAGUCCUUUCAGUGGGAUGAAUCGCGGAAUAUCUCAAGCGACCGCAGCUUAUCGUAAUUCGCCACUUCGACCUGGUUCAAGUGGAUCAUACGAACCGCCCCCAGCUGUCUACCAAGCCCCCAACGCGGCUCAAUUCAACCCCCUAGCACAAGGCCUAAACCCCGCCGCUCUCGCUGGAUGGCAAGCAGCCUAUCCGGCCUCCGCUCAGUAUAACAUAUCACAGGCUCAGCAACAGGCACAGCAAUACGAAAGAUACUACCAAUAGGCAACGUGGUAAUUCUCGGUGAUUGCAGUGGUUUCGCUUCGCCGCUACCGCAUUGAUCCUUUUUCUUAUUGAGUUGGACGAACGGUACCAGUCAUGGCGUUAUUGGAGGUGGUCUGCAUACGACGUCUUGUGACUGAUUGCAUCUUCUGGCGUUUCAUUUCUUCCAGAUUUGGUUGGGCCUCUAAAAAGGAAGUAGCUUGAGAAUAGGCUUAUACCAGAAUAGCUACCUAGGGAUUAAAAUCUUGUGCUAUAAGUUUUAGUUGCGGAAGACAUUGUGAGUACAGUAAUCGGCCACCCCCUUUGAAGGCAUUUAAUAAAUCCUAUUCUACAACCUA